AUGGCGUCUUUAGCUGAGCAACUGCGUGCGUUAUCGAAUCCAGAACCAAGUCGUAUCGAUUUGGAUGAAGACGAAUUUGAUGUCACAAGAGCACAAACAAUCAAAAAGGCGAUCGACAGCGAAGACUUUGAAGAUCAAGAAGCCCCGGUCGUUAAUAAUUUACGUAAGAAAACAGCCACUUUGUUACAAGAUGUCGACAAGAAGUAUGCUGGGCACAAGAUUUCACGAGCUCAACUUGAAGCCUCACGAGGACACGACGCUGGUUCAGACGAAGAGGAGGAACAUGACGAAGAAGAGGAAUCGGAGAGUGACUCUGCAGGUAAUAAAAAAAACUCUCUGUGGAAGCCACUGUAGUGAAAAUUUAAUCUCGUGUGGACGUCUCGUGCUACGUUGUAGCUUAAAUGAGCACGUGCAUACAUAACUCCGUGCAUAAUAAUCAUGUUGGCUCCAGUUCAGACGGUGUAUUUUACAUUAAAUGAAAGGGAAGCAUAUAAAUAAGGUUAUAUUUGUAAUGUAGCCGAGAACUUAAAGGUGGUAACUAGGUAAGCGGCACGAAACACAAGGGUAUGGCUCUUCAUACAUCUCGUGCGGGUUAUUAGGGUGGUAAGCUUGUAGAAAGUGUGGUCUAUUUGGGUAAAAAGCGCCUUAAACACAAAGGUUUAUUCUUUAACAUUAAAUUGGUUAAUAUUUGCAUAGUGGUCUACAAGAUACAAUUUGAAAGAUUUCUUUAUUUAAAUAUAAUAUCCUUGUUUAUAAUUAGAUUAUUUGAAUGGAGCUGGAAAAUCAGAAGAUGAUGAUGAUAUCAACAGUAAGGAAGAUAAUACUGAUGGAAGUGAAAAUGAAGUGGAAGGUGUUACUUUUUCUGAUGAUAAUGAUGAUGAAAAUGUUGAUAAUGAUGAAGAAGACAGCCUACAUUCAGGAACUGAAAAUGAAAGUGAGGAAGAAUUCGCCAGUGCGGGUGAGGAUUCAGACGUAAAUGGAGAUGUUGGUAAAAGUGAUGAUGAUAUUGAAGAAGAUGAAGACAUGGGUAAUAAUACCAUUCAACAGUUUUCCUCAACAAGUCUGAAAGAAGACAUUGAGAAAGGAAUUGCUGCAAAGCAUCAGCUCAGUAAGUUAAAAAAUUGUUAGGGAAAGUAACUGGUUUGGAACCCAACAGAUUUCUUGUUAUAGGGUUUUAUGACCUUUUUCAGACCUCACCCUGCACAAUAUACAGAGGCAUUCUAAUCAUGUUGAGCUAAAUUUCUUUUAAAAACUUAUUCCUAUUAAUUUAUCCAAGGUAAAAGUGAAGAACAGUUCCCAAAAGAUACUGUCCACCAACUGGCGACCAACAGUUGGCCAACAGUUGGCAGACAGACUUUCCCAAAUUGGUUCAAUCUCAUUUAUCCGCCAUAUUGAAAAGUUUUUCCAGUUCCCAAUCUCCUAAAUGCACUGCCUCUGAAACCCUUUAAAGAAAAUCUUUAUUUGGUUAGAACUAUUUGACCUGUUGGUUCAUUCACUUGCAAAAUGUAGAAAAGGAGCCGUUUUGUGUAUAAACAAGGAUAUAGGAAAUAGUUAUUUUGGUACUUACAGUCAGGAGAUGGGUUAAACAAGCUUAUUUUACCAUUCAAACAGAAUCAAGUAGAUAGGUACAAACAAUGCAAUCAAUAUUUUCCUAUUUACUGUUUCAACUGGAAAAGUUUUGACUCUGUUUUCAGUCAAUUUUUGGUCUACUUAACUAUUACCUUUAUCCAAUCCCAAGUUUGAACACACAGUUACCUUAAAGGAAUGUUUAUUGUCAAGAAAUUUCCAGUUUAAACUGCACUACUGUUGUAUAUUUUUUAGCUUUUCUACCCAUUCAAGCCAAGAUUUUAGUCAUUACCUGUACACUUACAUGUUCAUUUUGUGUAGAUUUUUUCCAGAUGAACAUUGUACUCUGCUUGACCUUGAGAAGGAUUUAAGCUUAGGUUGUGCAAUUUUUAGUCAGAAAAAUGUGUUUAUUCUCACCAUGAAGACCUGUAAACAGUUGCAUAAAUGCACAUUUGCAUUAGUGGACUGGUAGCAUAGAUGUGAUCAUACUUAAGUUCACCACUUUUUUCUCUCUGAUUUGUCUCAUUUUUUUUUCAAUUGUGGACCUCUAGGAAUCAUGUACCAAACAUCAUUGUGUUGAUUUUUAUCAUCAUGACUGUAGCUUUAACCAGUGUACACCACUCCUCUCUUUUCUGUCACUCACAGUACAUGUACACACACAGCUGUUUAAUCUCUUAUUGUGAGCUGAAAGAACUUGUGCCUUUUUUCGGUAGGUUUGUGGGAUAGUUUCCUUGAGAUGCGUAUUCGACUACAGAAAGCUCUUUUGAUUGCCAACAGACUUCCACAGCAUGACCAGCAUGCAUCCUUAAAUUUCUCUGGAGACAAGAACCUAAAAGAAACCUAUAAAGAAGGUAAACAAAUACUGUUCUGUUCUCUUGUACUGUCCUACUGUACAUGUGGUACCCUGCUCCCUUGUGCUGUCACCGCUGUGUCUGUGGGAUAGUAGAACAGGGUAAUUUGGUAUCAUCAACUGAGUUGAUAACAUGAAUUGGUCAGAGUAAAGAGUUUCAAAGCUGACAUGUUGAUCCUUUCAUCGAGAGCAAAUGGAGGAAAUGUGGGUUGUGUGAGUGUUUAUAUGCAGAAAGUGGAGCUAUGCUAUUGGUGGGAACAUGGUGAUGAGAAAACAAGAAUAAAUUAGUUGAAUGUAAAGUGUUUGUUGAUGCUGUGGAGAUUAAGAGUGGUGAUUUGAAAGAUAAAUUUUGUUCUAGAGUUUCGCAGCUUUCCAAACUGCCUUGAUGUAGGGAAAGGCAGUAAUCCACCAUAUGUUGCUUAGAAUGAUUAGGGAGAUUAUGGAGUCUAGAAACUGGUCUGGAUGCAUCCUUCUCAUUUCUUUCUGCAUGAUGAAGGUGUUCUUGGAAUCGAUCAGGAGGAUUACUAAUGAGCUUUUUAGUGUCAAAGGGUUAACCUACCACAACAUACUUGAUAUCAGUUCUUUAACAUCAUUCUGCAGUUGGUACAUUUUCAGGCAAUGCACUUGUUGCUAUAGUAAUCAGUACACUACAGGAGCCAUACAAUAACCUACUUGAUUUGUUCUUUUAUUUACAGGGAGAAAAUCAGUGGCAAAACUUCUUGGAAAUCUUCUGUGGAUACAGGAAAAGCUACUGGACCAAAAUCCAGACACAAAGGACAUUUUAUACUCAGGAAAGGAGUCAAGCAAAAGCGCUGGUCAAAGCAGUGAUGAGGAUGAGGAAAUACCCAGUGAUACAGAAGAUGAGAAGAGUGAUAAUGAUGAUGAGAGGAGUGAUAAUGAUGAUGAGAAGAGUAAUAAUGAAGAUGAUGAGGAUGAUAAUGCUAGCAACAAAGAUCAAUUAAAUGGUAAACAAACAGAAGGAAGCCUGAAGCUUCCAGCAAAAAGGAAACAUGAGUUGGUAAGGUCAUUAUUUUAAAAGCAUGUUUACUGCACCACCUGCACAUGUAUCACCCACAAAGUUGUGCAUCAUUAUUUUUAGCUCCCCUAGCAAAACUUCAAUGAAAACCUUGUACACCGUCAUACACUCCCUCCCAGCCUAAUGCUUAUGAAUGUGGAAAAUAAAACCUGCAGAGAUGAACAGAAAAUAAAGCAAAGCAAAGUAAUGCUUAUACUGUUGUCUGCUCAUUACUGUAUACAACGUAGGUCACUGUUGUGUUGCAUUGUAGUGUACAUAUAUACGAACUCAAGAAAGAAAUUUCAGCUUUUAUGUCACUAUCCUACUUGUAUAUUAAGGAAUUUCUCUGAAUUUCAGGUUAUGAGAAGAAUUUCCAAAUUAAGUCUUGAAAAGUUUUUCCUCUCUGGGAUUUCAAUUUCAGUGUUGGAAAGUAAUUUUGGAUACAUUGAGAGCAUGAUUUACAUGUACAUAUAUGUAUAAAUGCCUUGUAGUGUGAAACAAUUUCAGGUUAACAUGAUUUCAUGCUGUUUGAUUUCUGCAUAUAAUUUUCUUAGCAUAAUGAGUACGAUCAUAUGCAAUGUUCCGGGAAUCAUGGGAAAAACAAACUACAGACUGUUACUCAUUUUUACCUGAAUUUUUCUUUCUCAAUAAACAUUGAUUUGGGAGUUUAAGUGUUAUGAUUUAGAUGUAGGUGCCUAAUUUGUUUUCUUUACAUCCCCAGUCAACAUCAGAAUAUGCAGAAUGUAUUUGUAAGCGGCAUGCUGCCUUUAAGGAUUUCAGAGACUCUACAAUAUCAAAAUGGAGUGAGAAAACUCGACUGGCUUCUGGAAAAAUUAACAGCAAGGUACGUGUUACCAUAUUUUCAUUACAGUUACAAUAAUUUAUUUAUUAUUUACAAAUACGUUAACAUUAUGGUUGAGUCUGAGGAAAGAGUAUUUUAUGAGAGAGUGGGGUUUUUUUUUUUUUCAAUAUUUUAUAACCCAUUUACAGAAUUGGUUAAGUAUCAGUCAAUGAAAUAAGUGUGUUCAAUUUUCAUCUAUGAUAUCACUUAUCUCUGCUGUUUAAUUGUACAUUUUGUAACUAACUUUAUUUAUGUUACCUUUCUCAGACUUUUGGUUCUUUUGACCGCUCUGCACUGGCGCAGAUAAAUCAUGUGAGUUAUUUUUGAAACUUAAGAUACUGUACAUCUUUUUUUUUUUAUUAUUUAAUAUAUAAUUAUUAUGUCAUUAGAGUCUUGGAAUGAGAAUAAUAAAUUAUUUUCUUCUCUAACAAUUAUGAUCAAAUUAGCCCAGCUCUUUAAAAAUAAACUAAUACAGUUGCCUUUUUUGUUUUUGAUUUCAGAUUUUAUCUGAUAAAGGUCGUCUCAUAAAACGCACUCAACUGAAAAGGACCUCAUAUAGAGUCUUAGGAAAGUCUGAAAAAGAGGAAAUCCAAGAUAUGGACUCAAACAAGGUUUGUUAGUCAUAAAAACUGCAGUCUGUUUUUAUCAGUACCUGAGCAUGAAUCCAUCAAUCAUAGAAAGUUUAAUAUGGAAAACAAAAAUGCUGAUGUAUUUUUUUUUUUUUUAUGUGUGAUACUGAUUGCAGGAACAGUCAGACUUGCAUUUAAAAGACUACGACGAGGAGAUAUUUGAUGAUGAUGAUUUUUACCAUCAGGUAACUAAAACUUCCCUUGUAUAGAGUGUAUCUAGAAGUUUUUUGCAAGAAUCCUUCUGUCACAAUCUCUCACAAUUUUCAUAGCCAUCUCUGUCCCUUCGGCUUUCAAUGCAGAGAAACUGAUUAUCCACAGUAACUCAACCCAUGACAGAAACCCUUCUCCUUACAAACUUGAAUAGUUAUGUCUUUUUUUUCUUGACUUCUUUUUCUUAUUAUUUCUUGUAAUUUUUACUAUUUGUUUGCUGGGCUGUUUUGUAGUAACACCUUUUAUUCCUUUUUUAAUUAACAGCUUUUAAGGGAAUUUAUAGAACAGCGAACCAGUGGAAACACUAAUAAUCCUAUUGAGAUGGGAAGGUAAAUAUACCUUACAGUGAAUUAUUAUCUGCCACAUUUUUUCCCAAGUUGCCACCUUAAGUGAUAUUGAUCUCCAUUUCCACACACGCCCCAUACCAGUUAUUUAUUUAUUUGUUUUGUUGUUUUUUUUAAUUUGCCUCCCCCCCCCACAAAAAGGACGAAACCACGGUGUAAUUUCUUGCUGGAAACCACAUGCGAUCUUCUUUUCCUUUGGAACAGAAUUAAAUUUUUCAAGCGUGAGUCAAAACCUUUGACAAGGAGUUUAAAGAUGGUCACCUGCUGUUGCUCAUUCACGAUAUUGUAGUCUCCUUCUUUUAGGCUAAAUUUCCAGUCGCAUUGGCCACUAGCCAAACGUAUUUUAUUAUUUUGUAUAUUCGACCUGUUCUCGGGUCUGACACAGUGAUUGCAGACUUCGCUUCCAACAAAAAUUUUCUUUGUGUGAAUAAUGAUGUUCUUUGUCUUCAGGCAAUGGCUAGCACUUCAAAAACUACGAAGAAAAGUGAAAAAGAAAGUUGAUACGAAGGCCAGUAAAGGCAGAAAAAUUCGGUGAGUCUUAACUCUAGAGCCGCGAAAAAUAAUAUGCAUCUAGUUUCUCGUCAUAGAAUCACCCCUGAAUCAACCAGUAAAGUUAUGAGAAUUAGGAAAAUGAUCGCCAACUAAAGAUGCUCUCGAUUGCUAAACACAUUUUCCUGGUCAGUUUCAUUAGAAAUAUUUACUUUUUUUUUUUUUUAAUGUUAACCUACUUCUGAAGCAGUCUAUAAGCGGAAAAAAUUAAGGGAAAGAGUCACUGAUGCAGAUCAUUUUUCAGUUCAGUUUCUCGUCUAUAUUACGUUCUGUGAUUGGUUGUUCAAACUCGGCCAACGUGUCAACCUGUCCGAUGCAAACUAAUCGCGCACCUGCGUUUUCCCGUGCUUCGAGGACCUGGCUCGUUUUUACUUCAAAUUCUCAUUGGUUCCUCUAGAUAUUUCUCUUUAUUCUGAUUGGCCCUUAGCCCCUCGUUUAGCCUUUUGACAUUGAGUCGAAAAGCGUGCUAACUGCGUGUUGUUCCCUACACUUUUCGACUGGAUAUGUGAUCUAAUAAUGGACUUAACACUUUACACCCUAACAUCAGUAUGCAUAUUCUCCAUACUGUUCUCUAGACAUUUUCUGUGAUGCCGACAUAGAGAAUUUGUCAAACAAUCAAGAGCUUCUUUAGUCGGUGAUCAGCUCCUUUAUUCUCCUGACCUUCAUGUUUGAUUCAGGGGUGAUAUGGUAAGGAGAAAUUAGAUGCCAGUCACUCUUAGGGGUUAAAGGGUUAACCAUAUUCUUCCCUGUUACACUCAGAUAUGAUGUUCACGGAAAACUUGUGAGCUUCAUGGCUCCCAUUGAGAAAGGAACUAUGGCGGACUCUUCAAGGUUUGUAAAUGGAUAAAAUAUUUAUUUGUUUUACUUGUUUAUUUGCGGGAUUGUUUGUAUCUCUUUUCUCGUGCUAUUUUUCUGGCUACAGUUUCCUUCUCCUACUCAUUUAUGAACCUCUCCGUUUAUUUUACAAGCUAUCGUGCUUCUUUUCCUUUCCCUCUACAGGAAUGAAUUAUUUUGUUCCCUGUUUGAUGCAAAACAACAGGAAGAGCCCGCUGAUAUCAACAUUUUCAGAUGAAGUUUCUGUGCCAUUUCGAUUAGUUACGUUAGUGAAACGAUCGAGAUAUUCGCGAGACGUUCUUAAUGAAAAGAAUGAAUUAAAUUUUUACAAGACACGUACCAUAUAUGAUCUCAUGUGAAUUUCUUUCCAAUUAUCACAAUGUAUAAAUGCCGGAAUAACAUUCUACUUAACAAAUAGAUUCCAAGCUGCCGUGCGUCUGUUCAGUAAUAGAUCACAGAGGACGUCAAAAUGUGGUAAGAACAUCAGUGACACACUUAGCUGCGCCUCGUGUGCCACUUUUUUGUUCUCACCACAUUUUGACGUCCUCUGUGAUUUAUUACUGAACAGACGCACGGCAACUUGGAAUCUAUUUGUUUUAUAUAAUAAAGAAUUAAAAUAUACGGAAAAAAAGUUUUAAUGAUGCUGUCAUCUAUAGGUCUGUCCUCCAAGUGAGAACCAAUCUGAAUGCGUGCAUAACUGAGCUUAUUAAAUAAUAAACCGUAUUUCAAGAAUUUUUAAAAGACUGCCUGUUGAUCAUGAAUCAGUUCAGCCUUCCAAAAUUGAACAGGUUUUUAUUUAAAAAAAACUAGGUAUCACAAUUGUCAAAUAAAGGAGUGAGUGCUUCCGCUCUGUCGUAAGCACAUGCGUCAGUUCCAUCAUCCCUCUAGUAAAGAAUUACCAUUCACUCAUUUAAGGAAAUGUAAAAAACAUUUUGUGCGUCAUGAUAUGCAAAAUUGUCUGCGAAAGGUAACCCAGAAUUAUGGCUGGUUUCAUUAAGUAAACGUUAAUGCUUGUUAAUUAAGUCUCUCAAUAAUCUGUGUAAGGCAUUAUUUGCGGGGAAAAAAAACAUUAAGGACAAGGUCAGGCUGAUUACUCACUAAAGCACACGAUAUACCAGAAACAAGACCCGAAAAUUAUGCUCUCUUAUAAGUGGUUGCUUAUUGAGUAUGAUAAUGCAAAUGAACACAUGGCUGUUUGAAAUAAAUUGGAAAAUUUUCCAGCUUGGGGCAUGACUAUUGACAAAAGUAAUGGUAAACAAUGCUGACAACUUACUUGAAGUAGCUUAUUAAAUUUUACAGGUCUGUCCACUUGUGUUGCGAUAAAGCACGCAAAUGUUUGUUCCUAUGCCGUUUUUGAUGACCGAAGAGCUACAUUUCUUUGUAUAAUUAGAAAUAGCGAUUAUUUUGGCAAAUUGCAAAGGGGAACAAUAUCUGCCUUCAGCCCUUUUUUACGCGUAGUUAAAAUAUAUUUGCGCUAAUCGCGGUGUAGCGAGAUUUUUCGCUGUUUUAUUCGGGCUUGGUACAAGCUAAAAUAGAUUUUAAAAAGGUAAAUUCAGAAUUCCUUUUUCCCGUACGUAAUUUUAGUAAACACAAACCGUUAUACUUAAUUCUACAAAUAUUACAACGUUUCCCAUUAAAAUCCUAAAAAAAAAAAAUGGUUAAUUAGACACUACAAUAUAUUAUUUCGAAGACAGUUCUAAUAUUCGAGUCGAAAUGGCGGCUUGUAAUAGGUGAAUCUGGACGUCUCGGCAACUUACGCCGGAAUUAUAUAUUCGAGGACUUAAUUAAGCCUUCACAAAGUCAUUAUUGUUUCAGUAGUCUCCUCGUAACAUUCUAGAUCAUAUUAAUUAAAGUCGUAAUGAGUAAAAAGCUAAGUGAAAGCAAAUAUCUGUUUAUUUCCAAUAUUGUUAUUUUCCAUUCCAAAAAAUGUAACGAGUGUAAAUGGCGUGGCACGUAAUAUUUUCAAAGGCAUUUGAAAAAUUUAGUGGUGGUAAGCGGCUUACUUGGUUAGGUCACAGAAUCAGUCGCCUAAACGUGAAAAAUUAGAAUCGUUCGUAUCAAUCCAUAAAAAAACUGACACAAAAUAGAUAUCUGUCGGCGCUAAGAUACUAAGUGAUAUCACAAACACUGAGAGAUAGAGAGCGGAAGAAACGAUAUCAUCACUGCGGAUAAAAGGUCGAAAACAUGACUUUAAUUAUCUCAGUUUUCUAGAUUGCUUAAGACUUCAGUUUUCUCGGUCAGGUUUGGAUAUUACCAUAUUGCCUUCAAAAACAUAACGUGUCAAUAUCUCCAGGGUAUGUUUAUUUAAUUUUAUGGACAAUGCUCCUGUGGGCGGCUGUAGACAAGCUAUAUAAACAUACAACUUAUGACUGCUAAGUGCAAGAGUCGUCAAAGUGCUGUGAACCAUAAAAACGUGACGAGUGAUGAAUUAUGCGUUAUUGCAGAAGAGCUAAAAACCCACCAUAUUAUAAAGCACAGUGUUCUUUUUUACGAUUUGUAAGAACUGACUCGCUGAAAAGACUUCCUUUGAUUAUGCAGAAAAAAAUAGUGUCGCUUUGAUCUGAAUUGAAGGUGCAUUGUUAUGUUUAUGAGCAGUAUCUUUUUCUGAGAACGUGACAAGGAGAAUAACAGGUGAGCCACGAAAUCGCAUUAUAAUCUGCUCGCUGCGAUCGGUCACAGGAACAGGUAUAGACCAUGAUGUACACCGUUACCGAACCUCGGCAUAAUUUAUCGCUUGGUUAAUUUUCCGUUUGGAUGUUGUGUUGACGACGCAAUUGGUGUGAUAACCACCAUAAAAGAAUCCGAGAUAUUAGUAUCUAGAAGCUAUCGAAGGAAGCGCUGCUCUGGGAAAAUAAACAUCGCUCAGAGAUUAGAUAUGUUUUAUGCCUAAACACAAUGAGCAGUGUGGAAAAUCUUGUGAUGGAAUCGAUGCAAAUACGGUACACACGUUCUACGCGAACUUGGAGGAUUGUUGCAGUGGUGGCGUGUAUUAUUGCGAUUGUCAUGACGGCUUUGUUCCUUUGGCAGGUUUUAAAAAAUGAUGAAGAAUGUGCAAAGUGUGGAAAUGGUUAUGACAGAGCUCCCCCGAAGAAGAGCGAACUGGAUACGUAUGGCUCACCUUGCCCUAAAACACCAGGAAAGCUAAUGGCCUUAUCUGAGAAACUACCGGAACAGCUCUUUACGGGGUUGAAGAAGAUCGCUGAUUAUAUCAGCUCUCGUGUUAACAAGACAGUAAACCUUCCUGCAAUAUCGGCUAAUGUCUUCUAUCAAGAUCGUACUCUGUUGAGUCUUCAUAAAGGAACUAAGGUCACAACACGCGAAGACAUACCCGACGAUAAAACCAUUUACCGAAUUGGUAGCGUCACGAAAGUAUUCGUAGUGCUUAUGGUGUACAAGUUUUACGAGGAAGGCCUGAUAGAUUCCCUCGACGAUCCGUUGAGCAAAUACGCUCCAGGAUUUUACAUUCAAAACCCUUUUACUGGAGAAAACGUGACGAUAAAACAGAUAGCAAGUCAAAUGUCGGGGCUACCUCGAGAGGCGCCAUGUUUCUAUAUUUGCCGUAAUGAUACUUCGGAAGAGCAGUUACAACUUCUUAAGAACCGCAGUCUCAUACUGCCUCCAGGAUCCAUGCCGUCUUACAGUAACCUUGGAUACGCCUUGCUCGGGAGAUUGCUGUCUGAAAAUCUCCUACAGAAUCAAACGUUUGAGACUUGGGUGAAAGAAAACAUUCUGAAACCUUUAAAUAUGACACGCACAGGAUUUGAAAUCACAGCGGACGUGCAGCAAAACAUGGCAUUUCCGUAUUCGCCAAACGGAGAAAUAAUGUCGUUCAUGAAUAUUUAUUGGGUUGCACCUGCUGGCCAAAUGUAUUCAACGCUCGAGGACAUGACGAAGCUCGGAAUGACACUUGCACAACCGUCAAAACAAACCCUAUUCCGGCCGGCGUCGCUCUGGGAUAUGAUGUCAGCUGCGGAUAUCGCCCCGGAUGGGACCACCAUUUGGGGGGCUCCAUGGGAGAUGGAACUCCAGGAACAUUUUAUAGUUCGGCAAAAGGGUGGAGUCAUUGACUCUUACGAAGCAUACCUCUCGGUCGUUCCUGAGUUACAGCUGGGGGUAAAUCUGUUCAUAAGCACAUUUCAUUUCUUCAAAGGAGGGCCAUCUAUAUCUAAUAGAAUAAUUCACGACAUCUAUAAAAUUCUUCUUCCAGUCAUGAACCAAACUCUGGUUGAUCUGGAGGGUUCGUCCGAAUUUCCAGUGGAUCCGAAGCCGUACAUCGGAAACUAUUCCGUAAACAUUUCAGAUGUGCUUUCACAUGAGGUGACCACAUACUCGGUGGAGAUUACAGUUCAAGAUGACAUCCUUCAAGUACGCUUUAUCAAUCCUCCAUAUCAGAACUUCCACAUUGUAUACAUUGGAGAUAAAUUGGUUUUCCAAGCAGAAUUUAAAUGGCCUUCUUCUUCGUGUUUUUCUGAAAGGAUGGGUAGUUAUGACGACUUACACUUUUUAUCUUUCGCGGAGAAUGGCGUUUCGCCCGGUUUCAAAGUUCCUGGGAAAGCGAUGAUAGCAAUUCGCGUUUCAUAA